AUGGUAGUGUCUUCACUGUUGUCCCUGGAGGCGGCUGGCUUCAGGGCGGCGGGUCAGCCUCAGAUAGCUCCACAGCGCGGGCUCUCUUGGCUCCUCUCUCGGCUCCUGUGGAUCUGGUGGUCACAGCUGCUCCCACGCUCCUCUCACAUCACAGCGCUGGUCCCAGACCCGCGGCCCUAUCAGCCCUCAGCACACCACUCUCUGCUGCACUCAAUUCUCCUAUCACUUGAUUCAUUGAAUACUUUUGUCCUUCUACCAUUUCUGUAUGUAUCUACCCUGGUCACUCUGUGGUGGUUGCUCACUCUGUGGUGGUUGCUCACUCUGUGGUGGUUGCUCACUCUGUGGUGGUUCUUCACUCUGUGGUGGUUGCUCACUCUGUGGUGGUUGCUCACUCUGUGGUGGUUGCUCACUCUGUGGUGGUUGCUCACUCUGUGGUGGUUGCUCACUCUGUGGUGGUUGCUCACUCUGUGGUGGUUGCUCACUCCGUGGUGGUUGCUCACUCUGUGGUGGUUGCUCACUCUGUGGUGGUUGCUCACUCCGUGGUGGUUGCUCACUCUGUGGUGGUUGCUCAGCCGUUGGUGA